AUGUCUUCUGAAUUGUUCAAGGUCAAUAACAAAAUCGCACUUAUCACGGGCGGCUCCCGUGGCCUCGGUCUCGAUAUGGCUGAAGGGCUCUUGCUUGCCGGUGCCAGCAAGAUUUACAUCUCUUCCCGUAAAGCCUCUGCAUGUGACGAGUCCGUCAAGUACCUGAGCGACCUCGCCAAGAAGCACAAUCUGCGCUGCGAGGCUAUUGCUAUUCCUGCUGACCUCGGGUCCCGCGCCGGGUGCGAGGCAUUGGCCAAGGAGUUUGUCAAACGCGAGCAGAAGCUCGAUAUUUUGAUCGCCAACGCUGGUGCCACCUGGGGUGCAGACUUCGAUUCUCACCCCGACGAGGCCAUUGGCAAGGUUCUGGACCUCAACGUCCGUGGUGUAUUCAGCACUAUCCAGUUGUUUGCCCCCUUCCUUCGCAAGGCCGGUACCAGUGAGGAUCCCUCUCGUGUCUUGAUCACUGGUUCCAUUGCUGGUAUUCGGGCUGUCUCGUCCGGUGGUACCUACGGUUACCUUGCCUCCAAGGCUGCUGUUCACCAUCUAGGUCGCUCGCUUGCUUCCGAGCUUGGCCCCGAGAACAUCACAGUCAAUAUCCUGGCCCCUGGGUUCUUCCCCAGUAAAAUGUCCAACGGUGUGCUGUCGGUAAUUGGCAAGGAACUCACCGAGACCAAUCCUCGUCGCCGUCUCGGUGUCAAACAGGACAUCAUUGGAACCACUGUUUUCUUGUGCUCGCCUGCCGGUAACUACAUUAACGGCGUUGUGUUGCCCAUUGACGGUGGUGCCUCGGUGUCCAAGCUCUGA